AUGAGCUUACAUACGAUCUCCGUGGACUUUGAGAUCGCCGGUCGCGCCUUAUGUCUCAAAGGUCAGUUUGCGGGGCUCACCUACCCGAGCCAGACGCCAGUCCAAGCGCUGCUGCUGCCGCCGACAAGCGGCGACCCUGGCCAGGCGUACUGGGCCGAGCUGGAUGUAAAUCGAACUAGUCAGAAACCAGAUGAAGAAGAUUAUCCGCUAUCAAUCACCAUCGCCAGUAACGAGUACAUGCCAUCAAAGCUGAUGCCAGUCAUUCCGAAAGCGGAGCUCGCGAAGCCAUUCAGCAAAUCCCAAUCAACAACGCUACAGUCAAGGAUCUAA